AUGGCGGCAAACGUGAAUCCUCCAGUUCGCAAUGGGAACAACACCAGUUUUUCUCCCUCGAUAGCUAAGGCCCUUACACAUGCAAGGCGGAUGCUACAUACCUGCAUGAGGCAGCCUGACGGGUGGGAUCCCUACGACACACAACUACAAUGCUUGCCAAAUCAAAGAGGCUGCGAUGCCCGAGCUCACAUGAGGAGCCAGCCCACCCUGAACAUCACCGAGCGACUCAUACACAGGCUUACCCAAGCGCCUGCCCCACAGCACAUGACAUCGCUCCCUACCCUGGAUCUAGAUCGCAGCGCUACAGAUCGUGCAGACAGCCACGCUCAGCUCCAGCAUGGAACAACUCAUGGACAGCCUCUAUUCCUACCCAAGCCAGGGCAUAGGCUGACGCUGGACUCUCUGACCAUGCCACCCUUCCGACAACUUCAUGCCUGA